CGUCAAGGCAGCUACCGAGAGAGCUGCUCUGCCUCUGAAGUCAAGUUUGCAGUAGACGAACCAGGCUCGUCCUCGCGACCUUCAACGCCCGUGCUACGCAACAGACUCGGCGUGGGUUCGCGCCCGGCACACCCACUUCCGCAUUCCUGCCGCGUAGCGCGACCGCCGCCCAUGCAUUGCAUCCAAAGCAACCAAUUCAGACGCCACAGCAGUUCUAUGACUGGUUCGCGCUCAUCGACCGCUCGGUCGCUCAUAGCCAGGAGGCGCACUACCGCGCACACUGGAGAGCGUGUCGGAGCAUCUAGAGACGUGCGAUCGGCUGACAGAACGCAUCGACGAAUCGACUCUGCGGUGGAUGGAAUGCUGAACGAGUGGCGGAUGGUCGAGGAGGGUGGUAAGAGCCUCAAAGGAGCUUGUGAACAGCUGUUGGAAGAGCGCGAUCACCUACUCAGCAUAACCGACGCCAUCGACGAGAGACUGGGCUACUUCCAGGAGCUCGAACAUGCUACCCGCAUGCUUAACUCUCCUGGCGACUCCCUAGUCCUCCAGACGGAGUUCCUCUACAUGGUCGAGCGAGUGGACGUCUGCAUCGAAUACCUCAAGACGCACCGACAUUAUCGGGAAGCCGAGAUAUAUCUGCUCCGUUUCCAGCAAUGCAUGACCAGAGCGAUGACGCUCAUCAAGAUGUUCUUCGUGGGCUCGCUCAAAGCGCUCACCGUCGACGUCACAAAACGCAUGUCCGAGAAGGACGUCUCGACGACGGCGCAGAUGCACCUCCUGUACACGCGGUUCUACACCGUCUCAGCGCAAUUAGCACCUCUGCUUGCGGAGUUGGAGCGGCGCGCUGCUGCACACCCUGACGAGCUCUCGUCGCUGCUGUCGGAGUGUCACGCCGCGUACUUUGCUGCUCGGAAAGGUCUGCUUGUAAGUCGGCUCCUGGAGGAGAUCAAGGGCUUGGACCCGACGAGGACUGAGCUUGUAGAGCUGACGAGGUCGGGAUGCAGCUAUCUGAAGCAACUCUGCACGGACGAGUUCAAUCUAUUCCGCGCGUUCUUCAACUCAGGCGAAGACCAACUCUACUCCUAUCUGGAGAGUCUCUGCGACUACCUCUACGACGACCUGCGCCCCCGCAUCCUGCACGAACCCCGCCUCACCGCGCUCUGCGAAGUCUGCACUGUCCUUCAAGCACUCAUGGUGCUCGAUGUCCCGGCGUUUGACGACGACGACGACGACGAAGACGAAAACUACGUUGACGAACUGAACCUCGACCUGGGCACGGUCGGGCGUCGUCCAGGAAAGCGAGGGCUGCGGGCGCUACACAUAGGCCACUUGCUGGAGAUGGUCCUGCAGGACGCACAGACGAGGCUGUUCUUCAAGGCGCAGUCGGUCAUACAGAGUGAUAUCCGCUAUUAUGUGCCGAAGGCGGAGGAUCUGGACUACCCGCAGAGGCUCUUGGCUGCUCGGAAGCCGGUGACGGGAUUCGAGAUCAAGGAGAAGGAGAGCGUGAGCCAGCUCUUCCAGCUCAAGUCGCUCGAUAGGCAAGACAUGUGGUACCCGACGUUGCGCAGGACCGUCUGGGUGCUCUCUCAGCUGCACGACUUUGUGAAGGCAGCGAUCUUUGAUGACAUUGCGCGCGAGGCUGUCAACCUCUGUCGGCAGUCGCUCGUGAGUGCAGCGGAGACGCUCAAGUCGAAGGCCCCGCCUCAGUCGACGCUCGAUGGGCAGCUGUUCCUCGUACGGCACCUCCUUAUCCUCAAGGAGAUGACGCAGAAUCUGGAUCUUGAGAACAAGAACCCAGACAGAGGGAUUGAUCUCUCAGGGGUGACCGACACGCUGGCGUCCAUGUUGGGAAAGACGACUUCACUACUACCAUUGCCCAAUUCACUGUUCGCAUCCUUGGGCAUGCCAAGCGACGAGAGCAUGAACGAUGUCAGACGUGCCCUCGACUCAGAACUCAAGAUCGCCUGCGAAGCCGUCAUCGCGUCCUGCGCUAACCCCGUCUCCGCACCCCUCCGUUCCUGGACGGACCGCGCUCACGCACACCGUCUCCCCGCCAGACCACUCGGAACCUCCUCCGUCGCCGGUGUGCCCGCGCCCAGCACGCAGCCAAUCCAAAGCCUCCCAUGGGCGACACCCACCGCUAUCAACGCGCUCUUCACAACCUUCAACGGUGCGUGCGCGACGGAGCUGCGUGCGGCCGUAGGACGGCUGCGGCUGUACCUCGAAGACGAACGGACGGUGAGCGUGCUGCUCGGGCAUGUGCAGGACCGGAUCGUGGAUGACUGGGCGGAGUGGCGGGCGCUCGUGCGUGAUGUGUAUCCCAUUGGCUCGGGCGCUGAGGUGGAUGUGGGGACGGAGGAUUUGGUGAGGGCGAUGGUGAGGGGCGCUUGUGACGAGCAUUCGGGGCCUUCUGCUGGGCCGUCUUCGUAGUGGCGCAGUGCUGUUUGAAGCUGGGCAGGCAACCAAAAAUCCCAUCUUGCCUUGACAUGCAUGCGAGGUACUGUCCGACAUACACCUCCGUCUGCUACUGAGAAGAGUUCAUGAAGGCGUCGCCGCCACAGUCAUUUAUGCUAUUCUGAGGUCGAGGUGCUCGUUCGUAUCUUCCUCUACCUGCAAUCAAGUGCUCAGUUGACGUCCAAUUUCGU